CAAGGAAACGGUAGUCAAAGGUAUAAAAAUGUUAAAAUUCCUGAUAUUUUUGAUACAAUGGGCAGCGGCGAUGGACAAAAACGAAUGGGAUCCAGUCAAAAAUCAAAUUUUAGAUUUUAAGUACAAUAACACAGAUCCUAUAGGCAUGCUAACUACACGCGGCGGUGCACCUGUAUAUUAUCGUGAAGCAACAAGCACAUUUAACCUUCGGUCUUUACUUCAUAGUGAAUAUUUUCUGGAAAAAAUUACCCAUAUUGCAACAGAGAAAAUUCCCGAGCGAGUCGUUCAUGCAAAAGGCACUGGAGCAUUCGGUUAUUUCCAAGUAACACAUGACAUUUCACAUUUCUGCAAAGCUAAAUUUCUAAGUAAAGUAGGAAAGAAGACACCGAUUGCAGUGAGAUUUUCAACAACCCAAGGAUUUAGAGGCAGUUCAGAUCUUAGACGAGAUACUAGAGGCUUUGCAGUGAAGUUUUAUACUGAAGAAGGGAAUUUAGAUAUCGUCGGAUUUAAUACCCCUAAUCCAGCGACGUUUUUGUCAGAUCGUUCUACACUUUGGGAUAUAGCGACUUCACUUCCCGAGUCGAUAUUCUCAUUGUUAAUGGUAUUAUCCGAUAUGGGCAUACCUGCAAGCUAUACGACUAUGAACGGGUUUGGAAUUCACACAUUUCAGGUCGUGAAUAAUAGCGGAGUCAAUUUUUAUGUACGAUUUUAUUUUAAGCCAGAUGCAGGCGUUAAGAACUUAUUCACAAACGAAGCUAUGAACAUUAGCGGUAUCGAUCCUGAUUAUCUGUCAAGAGAUUUUUAUCGAAAAAUCGCGAAAGGUCAACGUCCUUCUUGGACUUUAUGUGUACAAAUUUUAUCCGAAUCAGACAUAAAAAAGAUAGGACAUGUAGUGUUUGAUGUUACAACAAUAAUUUCAACUAAAGAAUUUCCAUUACAUCCAGUCGGUAGAAUAGUUUUAACUGAAAAUUUUAACAAUUACCAUGCACAAGUAGAACAGAUGGCAUUUUGUCCUUCAAGCUUAGUGCCUGGUAUUUUAGGAGCCCCAGAUAAGACGUUUGAUGCACGUCGAAUUGCACAUAGACAUGCACAAGUGUAUCGUUUGGGAGGAAAUUUUAAAAAUAUUCCUGUCAAUUGUCCAUUCCAAGUGAGGACUCAUACUUAUGUCAGAGAUGGUGUGCCACCAGUCGGUGAUAAUGAAAGAAAUGCUCCCAAUUAUUAUCCUAAUUCGUUUCAUGGUGCUCAACCAUACAAAGAAAAGUAUUAUACAAAUUUGAUCGACAUAAAAGAAACGAAUCGUCCAAAUAAUUUUGUUCAAGCUGCUGAAUACUACAACGAACUGAAGCCUGAGGAAAGAGCUCGACUAAUUGAAAAUCUUACGGCAUCGGUGCGAUCCGCUUUAAAAAUUAUUCAGAUAAAGGUUAUUAAGCUCUUAAGUUCUAUUCAUCAAGAUCUAGGGAGACUUUUAGCAAAAAAUUUGAAUAUAAAAUAA